AUGACCACCAAUAGUCCGUUGUUCGAUAUUAAUCAAUUGAAUUCUGAACAUCAAAAAAUCUUUCAUAUUGUUUACGAUGAAUUAAAACCUCAUCAUACAUCCUAUGUUCAAUAUAAAAUUGAUUUGCAGUUGAAGACCAAUUUGGAUAUUGAAGAUGAGGAUAAUGAAUGGCGUUAUGAAGUACAUAGAUAUCUUCGUGCAAGAAAAUGGCAUGUCACACGUACCAUCAAAUGUAUUUUGGAGAUGAUUCAAUGGCGAAAAGAUCAUCACGUAGAUUCUAUUCUCGAGGAACAAGAAACAGCACUUCAAGUGGAGCUUCUUCGAAAAAUCGUUCCAAAUGUUUAUCAUGGCAAUACAAAAGAUCAUCUACCAUUGUAUAUAGAAAAAUCAGGUCUAGCGCAUGUCGAUAAGAUAUUAAAUAUGUUUACACCGGAAGGACUUAUCCGAUGCCAUAUUUAUAUACUUGAAUAUAAUUGCCAACUGACAAGAGAGUGUAGUCGAAAGUUAGGAAAACACGUGGAAACGUUUGCUAUGAUUUCGGAUUUGAACGGCUGUAAAAUGGACUUAAGAAAAGUGCUUCAUCUGUACAGACAAGCUGUUUAUAUUGAUGAAAACUUUUAUCCUGAACGUCUAGGACACAUGCUCAUUGUCAAUCCACCAGUUAUUUUUCCUAUUCUUUGGAAUUUAGUAAAACAUUGGCUUGAUCCAGUAACUCAAGAAAAAAUUAUUGUUAUGAAGAAAGGCCAUGAAACAGCUACAACAUUGUUACGCUAUAUAGAUUCUGAUAAUUUGCCAAAAGAAUAUGGUGGAAGCUGUAAUUCAUGUCCAACAUUUCCGGAAUGUAUUCCUAUAUAUGACUGGAGUAAAGACACUGCUACCAACGAUAAACCUGGUUCAUAA